AUGAAGCGAACCUCAGAUACUUCGAUAGCUAUAUCAAAUGAUAUGAAAAAAAAUUCAAAUUCUUAAAUUCAAUCUAAGCAUAAUCCACGACUUAAGGAGUACUCACCAAAUUUAACAUAAUUUAAAAAAGAUAAUUUAUCAAUAGUUGAAGAAAACUAUGAACCAAGUCUAGGAAUUAGCUUUUUAGUAUAUAUUUUAUACCAAUAUAUGAGGAUCGUAAGGAAAGUGAAAAAAAUAAAAAUAAAAUAGAAUCAUAAGAUGUUUUAUAUAAUUUUGGUUAGGCUUCAUCUAGGGUCUUAGCAUCUCCAAUAGAUGAGCUUGAAGCAUUAAAAUAACAUAAUAAAUAGUACCAUUUAAAAAAUGGUUUGAACUUAAUUCGUCUAGUCUCUAAAUUUAUUCGAUAACUAAAAAUUCAUUCAUAAACUUUUCAGUAUAAAAUGAUAAAUGAAAAUAUUUUAUAAAUGCUUGGAGAUUAGGCUUCAAAUAUAAAAAUGUUUAUUUACCAAAGAAAUCAAAACUUUCAUUAAAAUAAUAAGAAAAACUUUGAUACCUAUUUUUUUGAUAUUGAAAAUUUUUUCGAAAAAAUUCCAGUUUUUAAUCCAGAUAAUUUAAUAUUAACUUGGUUUAAGAUUAUUCUAUUUGUAUUGCUUAUAAUCAAUAUUACUUAUAUUCCUCUUUUAAUAUUUUUGAAUGAAUAUGAUUUUAAUAAAGAUGGCAUACAUCAUUUCCUUGAUACGAUACCAAUAAUAUUUUGUAUGUUUGAUUGUGGUUUAAGAUUCAACACAUCUUUUUAUAAUGAAGGUUUUUAAUCUAAAUAUUCUAGGAAUCUUGUAUAAAGAUAAAAUUAAAAUAGCAAAGUAAUAUUUGAAAAAUGAUUUCAUAGUAGAUAUUGUAAGUAUUAUUCCUAUAUUUACUGAUAGCCUUGCAAUAUAAUAUUUAGCAAUAUUCAGAAUAAUAAAAUUAAAAUAAACACUAGCAACUCUGGAAGAAAUACUUUGUUUUAAGUAAUAAAUUUAAGGAUGGUGGGAGUUAAUAAAAUCAAUUUUUUUUAUUGUUUACACUUGUCAUUUUUUUGCUUGUGUUUGGUAUAAGAUUGGAGAAUAAGGAGUUAAAAAUAACACAAAUAGUUGGUUAAUCUCUAAAUAAUUAAAUAAUUCUACAUGGUAAGAAUAAUAUUUUUUUUCUCUUUAUUUUAUAGUAAUAACAACUUUAACAAUAGGAUAUGGAGAUAUUCUUCCUUGUAAUGUGUAGGAGGCUUUAUUUACAAUUUUUAUUGCUUUUACAGGAUGCAGUGUUUUAGGAUACACAAUUAAUAAUAUAGGUGAAAUAUUCAAGAAUUUAAAUGAGAAAAAUGUGAAGUUUAAAUAAUAGAUGAAGAGUAUUAUGUAAUAUUUAAAGAAUUAUAAUAUAAAUACAAAUUUAUCAUUGUAAAUUAGAAAGUAUUUUGAAUAUCAUCUAAAAUCUUAAAUUGAAGAUAAUAAUGAAGGUUAAUAGAUGAUAUAGUAAUUGUCAAGAUAAUUAAGGGAAUAGAUGUAGAUUGAUUUAUACAAAAAGUAUUUGAUGAAAGCAAAGAUUGUGAAAGAUUAUUGUUCUUAAAGUACAAUAGAUAAGUUAUGUUAAUAAAUAAAAAUAGAGAGUUAUGCACCAGAAUCUAAGAUUUUAAAUUAGAAUGAAAGAUGUGAGAAAUUAUAUUAUGUAUUGGAAGGGGAAUUAGAAAUAUACAUUACUUUAGGGAAUAGUAGAGAUGUAAGCUUUUGUAAUUGGUUAAUAAAGGAUGAUCUAAUAGGACAAUGGGAAUUUGUUUUAUCAAAUCCUUAUUUGUAUUCAGUUAAAGCUGUAAAAUUUACUAAGUUAUUGGCAAUAAAUAGAAAUGAUUUUACAAAAAUUUUGAAAGAAAAUAAAGAAGAUUUUGAGAAGUUUAAUUAAUUUAAAGAUAAACUAUUAUUUUCUAAAAAAUCAAGAGGUAACAAAUGCUUUGUCUGUGGCUGGAUACAUUAUUUUAAUAAAUGUCCAUUUCUAUUUUUUAUAUCAGACAAAGAAAAGGUUUUACAAUAAGCAUUAAGUAAUAAAGAAUAGAAUAGAGGAGUAAAUACAAGAUUUAGAAAAUAAGAGAAAGGAAGAACUUUUUAUGGAUUAAAUAAUUUAAGAUAGGCAGCAUUAGAUUAUAUACAGGAUUCUGAAACAAAGUAGAAUAUCUAUAUUUAUAUAUUAGUGAUUUAACUUUGUAACAUUUAGUUGAUCUUGGUUUUAAUAAGAAUGACUCAAUUUUACAUGGUAGUGCUGUUUAUUUAGAUGAAUUAAUAAAUAAGAAAAUAUCAAGUACUUUUAAAGUUAUUGAAAAUGAGGAUGAUUCUAAUCAUUCUUUUUUUUAAGCUCCUAAAGUUGUAGCAACUUAUAAAAAUAGAUCAAUUGUUUUUGCCCCAACACCUGAUAAUGAUAGCUUUUUAAAUUUAAAAUUCUAAUCACCUGAUUAACUUAAUAGAUAAAAUUCUAAUAAUGGUCAAAGAGCAAGAAGACAAACAAAAGAAUUAUCUCGUAUUAAAUAAUCAUAACCUAAAAUUCUAUUUAGUACAAAUAAAAUAGAUUCUAAACUGAAUUUUAUGAAAAGAAAUGAUGGAAGUAGUAAUUUUUAAAGUCAAAUAAGUAGUAAUUUAAAUAACAUUCUAAAUACAAAUAAUAAUAUUUAUUUAAAUUAAAAUGAAAAUUUUGAAAGUUAAUAAAAUUCAUCUUAACAUCGAAGUGAAUAACCUUCAAGUCUACAUCCUUAAUAAGCUUAAUAACAAAUAUAAAAUAAUAUAAAUGAAAUUAAUUUUGAUAUAGAUAAAACCUAAGUAUUUACAUACUAUUUUAAAAAUGAUAAUAUUUUUGAAAUUGUUAAAUAAUUGAUGGAAUAGCAAAAAUAAAUUACUCUAAAGUCUCCAAAAAUAAUGCAAAAAAGUAUUAUGUUAGGAAGCAAUAAAAAUAAUAGACGAUUAGCUCUUCUUCAAAAAAUACUUAAAAAAGACAGUCUAAUGAUAUGA